UGUGGUGUGGAAAUGACAUGUUGCGAGACGCGGCUAUCUGGAGAUGGGAUCUGUGCUGACGACGGUGGGAGCAAACUCCACCCAGCAGAUAGGAUCUGCGGGCGGGCGGAGCGGAGGGCAGCGUGCGCCCACAGGGCUCGGGGCUGGUUGGUCGGGACUCCUCUUGACAAGUCCCGUAGAAAACUUCUGAGGGGCAAAGUCCAGCCUGUGCGCCACGGAGACGGCGUGGUGGAAGUGUGCGCGCGUGUGUGUUUCUGUGAGCCGGGAACUCAUGUCGCAUGGUAUUUGAAAGAAAUGCUCCAAAGAUGGCGGUGGUAGUCGCGGGUUCCUCCGGAGUGCCAAAAAGUGGGUUCGUGGAGGUGUUGGUGCGGGAGCAGUGGCACAAAGUUUUGGCCAACUUGAACGAGGAAGCGCUAACGCUGAGCUGCGAGGAGAGCGACGGCGUGAGCGACAAUGUCAACUCCAACGGCGUCACGAACGGAUCCUACCUGGACAACAACAACACCAACUCCAACAACGGCCCCCAGACCGUGCGCACAGCGUUCACGGACCACCCGGAGCGAGUGUCCGAGGCGAUCGCCAACCGAAAGCGGUGCGUCAAGGUGUGCAAGCAGGAGAUCGGCGGGCUGGGGAUCAGCAUCAAGGGCGGCAAGGAGAACAAAAUGCCCAUCCUCAUCAGUAAGAUCUUCGAGGGGCUGGCAGCGGACCUGACCCAGGCUCUGUACGUCGGGGACGCCAUCCUGUCCGUGAACGGCAUGAACCUGCGGGACGCGACCCACGACGAGGCGGUGCAGGCGCUGAAACGGGCCGGGAAAGACGUGACUCUGGAAGUCAAGUACAUGCGCGAGGCAACGCCGUACGUCAAGAAGGGCUCCCCUGUGUCGGACAUCGGCUGGGAAACCCCCCCUCCGGAGUCUCCCCGCAUCGGCAGCCCUCCCAUCACCUCCCCCUCCUCAUCCGACCCUUCGAGCCCCACCACCCAGCCCUCCCUGUCUCCCCACGGUGACAGAAGGUGCAUACCGCUCAAGAUGUGUUGUGUAACCCGAGCAAUGACCACGCCAGACCCUGAGAACAGACAACUGGAGCUGCACUCCCCCGACGCCAGGCACACCGUGGUGCUGCGGUGCCCGGAUCAACCAUCUGCCCUGUCCUGGUUCUCUGCCAUGACCGCUGUCACAUCCACACUGGCACAGCGGGCACUGGCAGAGGUCAUCCAGAACACAGCCAGGACUGGUAUUGGCAGCAGGGAGAUACGACACCUGGGAUGGUUGGCAGGGAAGACAGAGAGUGAGAAGCAGAGCUGGAGGCCGGUGCUGGUGGUGCUGACGGAGAAAGACCUGCUGCUGUACGACAGUCUGCCACGAAGCAAGGAGGCCUGGCAGGGUCCUGAACACACUUAUCCACUUUUAGCAACACGCCUGGUCCACUCUGGUCCUGACCGGGGGUCCCCUCACUCCGGCACCGAGCUGUUUUUCGCCACUCGGACCGGCACCCGACUCGGAAUCGAGACUCACCUUUUCCGGGCUGAGACGACCAAGGAUCUGUCCCUGUGGACCAGACACAUAGUGAACGGAUGUCACGCCUCUGCUGAGAUGAUCAAAGAAGUCACGACGAGUUGUAUGUACCAGAGUCAGGAGUGCCGGCUGGUGAUUCACUACGAACAGGGCUUCUCUGUGCUGGCUGACCCCAAACUGGACAAUGGGGAGAACGGGGAAGUGGGAGGAGCUCAGACUCCCACCAGGCCCAGGGUGCUGCUCUCCUACCCCUACGAAAAACUCAAGAUGUCCUCGGAUGACGGAGUUCGCCUGCUGUCCCUCCACUUCGGAGGGAAGGAGGGGGAGAUUCAACUGGACCUCCACUCGUGUCCAAAACCAAUCGUCUUCAUCCUCCACUCCUUCCUCUCUGCUAAGAUCGCCCGCCUGGGCCUGGUUGCCUGACAGCCUCUCCGAAGGGACAUUUGAACCACCUUCUGAAAACUGAAAUCCACCUUGUUCCUCCACCUGUCUGCAUCCCGCAUGCAGCACACACAGUCGGACUCCUUCGGCCGGGGGACCCAAGCUGAGUGAAUGUAGCUUCUUUCUGGAAAUCACCCUUUCUCGGGUCUCUGACUCUAAAAUUAAGAAACACUGGAGAAACCAAUUCAAAUUGGUCUUGCUUUGAGUGAAAUGGACAGUUUUUUUCUUUUUGACAAAUCCUCCCUUUAAGGGCUGCAUGGACUGAAGAACCACAGUAGAGAAAGAUAUGAAAUGCAGACUGAGGGACACACCGGAAGGAGCAGGUUGGUCAUUUGUGUCACGUCCAGGAUCCGAAGGACAGCAGGGGUCGAGAUGAGUUCACUUUUAAUUCAGUCACAUCGUAAUGGCACACUGCCUUCCAUUUACCAUUUCUAUAAUUUAUUCCCCAUUAGCUCUGAAAGGACAUUCUGAAUUUCACUUGUAAUUUUUCUUCCACAAACACUUUGGCACACUGUGGAAAAACAUUUGUCAUGGGCUUGUCUUUUUUUUGUUGUGUCCCCUGAGAUGUCUUGUUAGCGGCGUCAGUAUUCAUCAUUGAAACCGGGAGCCACAGAUUCCCACAAUGUGACGGCAGACUCAAAUUCAAAUCUCAGUAUUCUUUUUUUAACAGGGCGCGUAAGGCGACCAUCUGGUGGUAUUUCAGAGUUCCACUGAUUCACAGUGAUGUCAGCUGUAUUAACGUUAAAUGAAGUAGAAUUCACUUGAAUAUUCUUUCUCUUUUGUCGCGUUGAAAUUCACUGUCCCAUGCAUCACUCAGAGAAAAUCCUGCAUCUCACUUUAAAAAAUGCUGCGUUCAAUAAUAGCCUGUGGCAAUUUUUUCCUAAACACAGGAACCAGAUGGCAUUUACUCUGUUUAAUUUUCCACGAUUUACAUGGAGGUUGAUGAUAAGGAUAUAAAUUUGCAUACAAUUCAUUUAUUCUUAAUUUUGCUUUAAACAAAACUAAUAAGUUUCACAUUCAGAUCACAUAGGUAAACCUAUUUUCAAAAAAAUGAUGCUGUUUCUUUCGUCCGCACUGUGCUAGUAAGCAGAUUCGGUUGUUUUGAUAGAGCCAGGCCAGCACAACAUACAUGCACUCUUAGAUGUGUGAUCCCAUUGACCUGGUAACAGACGAACAGCCGUCGUCUACUGCCCCUCAAUCAAAUAUCUGCCAUUAAUAACUAGUAAUUCUCGACAUUCACAUUGAAUCAAAUAGUGCCAUAAUCACAUCAUGAAGUAUUAUUUAUCCGUCACUAUCACAGUAGCCAUCAUAGUAGCCUUGCAUCCGGCUCUAGUUGUGCGACAGUGUGGGUCAUCAUUUCUUUUGGAUUUCCUGCAGCAGAGCUAAUCGGUGUGCUGCUCUGUGUCUGAUGAGGCCUGACGCCAGGUCUUUUACUCGUGCCUUCAGAUGACUGAGAAGAAAACCAACAUUUUAAUUUUGGGAGGAAUAAAUGAACAUGAGGAGUACGGAGCAAACAGUGUGACUGCUAUGAUGGCUACAUUGCUCUGGGCUCAACCAGCCAAAUCUUCUUCUAUUCGCUCUCUCCAUUAAAUCCUAGCACGCUUCCGUUGACCAUUUACACACACACUGUGAACAAUGACGCACACAUUGUAAUCAUACCGCACUGUAGAAGAAACAUAAUCGGUUUUGUUGCUACUCAGAGAUAGUGGAGGCAUUGGAGCACACGGAGAAUCCAGCAGUUACUGACGACCUCAAGGGGAGAGGAGCGCUUUGAGCAGAGGCUGCGGUGAUGUGUAGAAUACUCUGAUGCCUUCGGCAGCUACUGUACUGUCACUCAGAAUGAUGAAUCUUAGUUUUGAAACUCAGAUUGUGCACAUAAAUCAUGUAUUUAACAAAACUGA